AUGAAUUUGAGAAAAUUCUCCUAAUAGACGUAUUUUAAAGCCAAAUGUUCGUAGCAAUAGAAGUAGAGAAAUAAGGGGGUGAAUUCUAAAAUCAUCUAACCUAAUAAUGAAUUUGAGAAGAAAGAUAUGAUAGAGUAGUUUGAAUAGAAUUAGAGCAAUCAAUAAACUUUGAUUAACUAAGAUACGAAUGAGAUGACUGUUUCAGAUUUCGACACAUCAACGAACAUGGAUAAAAAAUGUAAUGAUUACAUGAUUAAAGUAAUUAGCAAUCCAAGGACUUAAAGAAAACAUUUCUCACCAAUCUUUAGAACAAAAAAUAAUAUAAUAGAUCCACAUUCAAACAAAUUCUAAUUAUCUUUAUCUAGAGAAAAAUAGAUGAGCAAUGAUGCUAUUAGUUUGUGGGAUUCAAACUAAAGAGAAACCAAAUAAUCUUACAAUAGCUUAUAGUUUUAGGAGAAAUAAACAUUAAUCUGCAAAGGUUCAAAGAAAAAAUUAGAGAAAGGAAUCAAAAUAUAACAAGAGUUGGAUGACUUCCUCAAGUGUAGACAUUAAAACAUUUAAACUUCAUUUGAUUGUACGAAACUUAAAAAACUAGAAAAAAGGAAACUGCAUUCUAAAAUUAAUCUCGAAUAUCAAAUUGAUAAAAGCAUCGAUAAAUAGAACAAUGAAAAAGAAUGUUAAUUUAAUUAUAUUAAUAAUCCAACUCAAGAGAUAUAGACUGAAAUAAAUAAUUCUCAAGAACUAUAAGAAUAACCAAAAUCUAAAACCAGUACUUCCACCAAAAGUAAUCCUUUAAUUCCAAUCCACAUUAGAUAUCAAUACGAAAAAGAAUAUAAGGAAGCUAAAUAAAAAUAAUCCAGUCAAACUCUAAAGGAGUAAUAACAAUAAAAGAAAACUGUAAGCAAAGAUUAAAUAGCAGAGUUUUUUAAAGAAUAAUAAAUGUUUCUGAAAAAGAGAGCUGAAUUUUUUGAAAAGGAAUAUGAGAAAAAACUGUGGGAAGUUGCUCAAAAUGAAAGCGAAUUUCUUUAUACCCCAUUGUUGAAUGAAUAAUCUAGUAGAAUUUUAGAUAAAAAAUUAAAAGGAAAGAAUUUUGAUUAAAGAAUUGAAUAAUUCUAAUAAAAUAGAUAAAAUAAACUGGAUGAGUAAAUAUAAAACAUGAAACCAUCUUUCACACCGACAAUUAGCAAAAAGUCAAGAAAGAUUAUGGAGAACCCAAAAUAAAGACUUACUUUCCAAAAUGAAAAAAGUUUUCAAUAAUUAAAUUGGAGAGUAAAGACUUUGGAAGAAUAGUGA